AUGGGAAAAUUCGAUGAUAAAAUUCAUGAAUUAUUUUUCGAAAUAGGACUUCGAAUUCACAAGGUAACAAAAAAUAUCUCAAAUUAUCUACAGUAAACUACAGUAACCAAAAUUUACAGUAUCGUUUGUUUUUUCUUCUUCUAACUUUGCUUAUUGUUAUUUUUUCAUCAUUCGGUUUUAUUUGGUUCGAAAAACAGGCAAGUAACAAACAAACAUUCCUCCCUUUUCCCCAUUUUCUCCUUUUUUUCUUCGUCACCGCAGAAAAAAACAAACAUGUGUUGGUCAUUUAUUAUUGCCUAGCCGUCUGCCUCUAUAGCUCAGUGGCAGAGCGUCUGUCUCGUAAACAGAAGGUCGGCGGUUCAAUCCCGCCUGGAGGCAAUUUUGGCAUUUUUUGCAACUUUUACUUUUUUUAUCUAAUUUUUCGGAAUUUUCUAGACGACAAAUGAUCCACAAUAUGUAUUCUCACCUGCAAAUGCACCGUGGAGACACGAACGUGAUGUUUUGACACAAUUUUGGCCGUUGGAUGAGGAUAAAUUUUGGCCCGGUAAAAGUUAUGAUUUGCAUGGUUACGUGGACGUCAUAGCUGCUGGUAAAGUUCAUCCAGAUUACGGUAGACCAAAUAUUUUGAAUAUUCGAUAUUUGGAUGAGGUGGCAAGAAUUAAUGAUUAUAUUAUUAAUAAUCUAACUAUUCCAAUAGAAUUAGAAGGAAAACAAUUUGAGGUAAGUAAGAUAAAAUAAGACUAAAUUUAUAACUGUUGACGUUUGAGUUAUAACAAUUAUCCUGCCAUUUAUUCAGACUAAAAAUAAACUUUAAGGAAAAAAAUAAUUACAGAUUGCAUAUACUGAUUUAUGUAUGAGAUAUGAUUGGGCAUGUUAUCUUAAUGAUCAUAUCACAAUGUUAAUGCCCAAAACAAGAUGGGGUAACUUCAGUGGACCAUUUGCUGAAUUUGCAAGUGAUAUUAUAAAUACACAAGUUAAUAUAACUUAUCCAAUUGGAUGGAGAGGAACUGAACCAAUUUAUUUUGGUGCAUUAGUUGGUGCUCCAAAUAUUGUUGAUGAAGAAGGACAUUUUGAUUAUGCAUCUGCUAUUAGAUUGACAUAUAAUACAAGAGAAGGAAAAGUUGACGAAUAUGGUAUUCAAUGGAGAUUAAAAUUGGCUCAAUGGCUAACAAAUAAAGAUAAACCAGUAUCUGAAAUUCUCGAAUUUGGGAUUAAUCACAAUAUGACACUUCCACAAGGCCUUCAAGAUGUUGCUGAUACUUUAGCACCGAAAUUCGUCGGAACUUGUGUGAUUCUAUUCACAUUCUCAUUUUUGGUAUCUGUUGUUCUGAAGCGACAUAGCAAUAUGCAAGUAACAAUUGAUUGGGUUAGAUCAAAACCGUUAGUCGCAGCUGCUGGACUUAUGACUCCAAUUCUAGCUACAGUAACCUCGUUUGGUUUGAUAUUAUGGUGUGGACAAUUAUAUAAUGCAAUUGUUAACGUUUCACCAUUCCUAAUUUUGUGUAAGAUAUUGAUUUUUAUUUUGCCACAAAACAAUAUUUUUGACAGGUAUUGGAAUUGAUGAUUUAUUUAUUAUGUCAGCUGAAUGGCAUAGAACAGAUCCAAAACAAUCAGCAGAUCGAAGGAUUGCAAAAACAUUAUCUGAAGCUGCAGUUGCCAUAUCAAUUACAUCAGUAACUGAUAUCACAACAUUUGCAGUUGGUUGUUAUACAACUCUUCCUGGUGUUCAAAUGUUUUGUAUGUACACAGCAGUUCAAUGUUUUUUCUGUUAUUUUUAUCAAAUAAUAUUUCUUGGACCAGUUCUUGCAUAUGCGGCUGAAUUGGAACAAAAUGAAAAACAUGUUCUACUAUUCAAAAAAGCUGAAGAUCCUGAGAAAGUUCUUGAUAAAAAAUGGAGAUUAUGGUUACUUUCUGGAAGUGUUGAUCGAUUGAAAGAAAGGAAACCUUCAAAGAGAUGUAAAAUAGCAGAAGAAUCAGUUGGAGGAAAAGAAGAGAAAUUAGGAUGGAGUGAGAAGGUCCAUAAACAUGAUGAUGAACAUAGUUCCGAAGAAACUCUUGUCAAUAAAAUAUUCCGUGAAAUAAUCGGACCAUUUAUUCUUCAAAGAAGCACUCAAAUAUGUGCUUUACUUCUUUAUAUUGUUUAUAUUUCUUUGGCAAUUGGUGGAUGUUUGAAUUUGAAAGAAGGAUUGGAUCCUAAAUUAUUAGUGCGACCAAGUUUUUAUCUAUCCAAAUUUUAUGAAAUUAUCGAUGAAACAUUUUGGAGAGAAGGAUUACAAAUGCAAGUUGUCGUUUCAAAUCCACCAGAUUUAUUUAAUUUUGAAUCGAGAAGAAAUUUCGAUAAAAUGAUGGCUGAAUUUGAAAAUACUCAUUAUACAAUGAAACCAAAUGCAACAAUGUUUUGGUUAAGAGCAUUUGAUAGACAUUUGGAAACUGAACUAGAUGAAUUGAAUAUAGUUAAACCAAAUAGUUCAAUUGAAUGGUAUCAUCGAUGUCGAGAUUGGCUUUUAGUUGCCGGAGGUCGAAGACUUUGGCAAAUGGAUAUGGUUUGGUCAGAUGAUAUCAAUCAAAAUAAACUAGAAGCAUUCCGUUUUCAACUUGGUCUUCGAAAUUACCGUAGUCCUACAGAUCAUACAGCAAGUUGCAAAUUAAUGAGAGAAAUUGCUUCAAAAUAUCCACAAUAUAAUGUGACAACAUUCCAUGAAUAUUAUCCAUUUGCUGAUCAAUAUUUGGAAUUGACACCUUCAUUAUUUCAAAAUAUGGCUAUGGAUUUAUUAACAAUUUUGAUUGUUUCAUUGAUUAUGAUUCCUGAAUGGAAAUGUGCUAUUUCAAUUGUUUUGUCAAUUGCAAGUAUAAAUGUUGGUAAGUAAGACCCUAAAGUUUUAGCAAAUUCUCUAAAAAUAUAUUUUGCAGGUGUUCUUGGAUUCAUGUCAUUUUGGGGUGUCAACCUUGACAGUGUUUCAAUAAUCACUGUAAUUAUGUGCAUUGGUUUUGCUGUUGAUUUAUCUGCUCAUAUUGCUUAUGCAUUUUCUCAAAGUUCUGGUAACUCACAUAAAAGAGCUGUUGCCGCAUUAGAAACUUUGGGUUGGCCAGUAUUUCUUGGCGCAUCUUCAACUGUUCUUGGAAUUUUGUUAUUGACUUUGGUGGAUGCUUAUAUCGUCCAGAUAUUUUUCAAAACUGUAUUUUUGGUUAUCAAUUUUUCAAUGUUGCAUGGUUUGAUAUUUUUGCCAAUUUUGCUAAUGUUAAUUGUUCGCGAUCCAAAAGAAGAGACUCCAAAAACAAAUUCGGAAUCGAAAAAUGACCUCGAAAUGAAGAUUGCUGCCUAA